AUGAUCAAGCAGAAGUUUAUUUCAGAAGAACUUAUUGUAGACUCACACUUGCAGCAGGGACAAUGGCUUAUUUCCUCUCAUCAUGCCAAAAGAGAGGAAGACACAUUGAAGGAAACUUUCCGUUUCUGGCCAAAGAAAGACGAGGAAGAUCCUCCCAAGUGGGCUUCUCGGCUUUACUACACAGUUGUGGCUGUUGUUGUUGUCAUGCUGCUGAGGCUCCAUGCCCUCCCCAGCGUAAUUUUGAGCUUCAUGUGA